AUGUCGAUGCGACAAUCAGGUAUACACACCUGCCACAUAUUCAACCACCUAGCACAAGAAAGAGGAGGACAUGAGUAUGUUGCCUUCCUGAAAAAGGAUCUUUACAAUUGGAUUGGUCGCCAAAGACUAGUUGAAGACGAAGAAAAAACUAAUGCUGAAGGAGCAUUGGGGUACUUGGGAUGUCUGGGCCGCCCUGAUGCUGACUUUUUUGAGACACACUCAAUUGAUGUAGAAAAUAGGUUGGCAGAACUAUUUUGUCAUCGUGAUUAUGCUUGUUUUGGGGACAUUAUGGCUUUCGACACCACCUAUAAGAAGAACUCGUACAAUAAGCCCCUACUUAUCUUUGUUGGGCUGAAUCACCAUUACAUGACAAUAGUCUUUGUAGUUGCUUUGCUAUACAAUGAGACCAAGGAGACAUAUAUUUUGGGUUUAGAGGAAUUUCUAGAGUGCAUGAAAACAAACCACCUCCUGUGGUGGUCAUCAAUGAAUAAUAUAACUAUUAAUGUGCCUCAUCCUGUUUUCAAGUCCAAGUUCAAUGAACUACUUUAUCAAUACUGUACCGAGGAAGAGUUUGAGGAUACAUGGAAGAGCAUGGUUUCUGAAUUUGAAUUUGAGGAUAGUCGAUGGGCAACAACUACCUACAAUAAUAGGAGGAGUUGGGCAGAAUGUUUCCAACGAGGGCAUUAA